AUGACACCUUUGUACAAAUUACUUCGGAAAGGAACUCCAUGGAAAUGGAGUAAAACUGAACAGGAAGCAUUUACCACUAUCAAGUCGGCAUUGUGUUCGGAUUCUAUAUUAAGACAUUACGACCCAGCUGCUGAGCUGGUACACCAGUGUGAUGCAUCUUCUAUAGGAGUUGGAGCUGUACUGCUCCAGCCUGGACAUGAUGGCGCAUUACAACCAGUAGCAUACGCUUCUAGAACUCUUAAUGCAGCUGAGAAAAAUUACGCUCAAAUUGAACGUGAAUCGUUAGCAAUUGUAUUUGGAGUUACAAAAUUCCGCCAAUAUUUACUUGGCAGACAUUUUAAACUCCUAACAGAUCAUAAACCGUUGAUAACCUUACUGGGGGAACAUAAGUCAUUUCCACAGUUAGCGUCGGCACGGAUCAAGAGAUGGUCCCUUCUUCUGGCAGCAUACAACUACACGAUUGAGUUUAUUUCUGGAAAAGAAAAUGUCUAUGCAGACUUUCUUUCAAGGAAACCUAUUAACAUACAAACAACUCCGGAGGAACAGGUAGAGGUUCGAGUCAUGUUUAUCCAAGGAGAACAAAUUGUUAAUUCCACAAUGGUUGCCAUGGAAACUAAGAAAGAUCCAGUCCUAAGUAAAGUACUAGAUUUUACGAAGAAUGGGUGGCCAGAAAAACCACAACCUGAAUUACAACCUUCCCAGGUUGAAGAUCUUGGCAAGAUCUUGUAA